AUGAGACAGAGGAAGACAAACAAAUCAGCAAUCCCUUCCCCAAUCCUCCCGAUUGCCAUUUCUUCUGCAAUUAUUGAACCUCAAUCAUGGAGACCGAGAAGACCAAAGGGCUCGCAGCCCCCCCCUCUUGCCUCGCCAAUUAUCGAGGCAACGUCGACUUCUUCCAAAGAGUUCAAAGAACUCUCAGUUCCCCUUCCUGACUCGCCUGUCAUCGAGCCUACGCCUACUUCUCCCGAUGGUAUCGAAGAGGCAUCAAUUCCCCUUCCUGCCUCGCUAAUUAUCGAGCCAAUCUUAUCUUCUGAAUCUCAAACUGGCCUCUUGGAAGAAUCAGAUCACCAGAUCGACAAACCGGACGCACAGACUGUCGAUGAACCACAACGCGAGCAGUUUCACUAUCCUGUGAUGAGGAAAGCUUUGAGAGCACUUAUUGAAAACAACAUCUCUCUCGUGGAGUACGGGAACCAGGUCCUUUACAGAUACGGAUAUGCAGAGGUUCUGAUUCUUGUCGAGUGGGUUGUACCCGACGAACAGUUGGCGCUUGCUUCACAGGUGCUGCUCGAGAAAAACUAUCCACGCCUUCAUAUCCCAGAGCAAAAGUGGCCUGGAUACUCUGCAUACUCUGGAUCUUGGGAAAGGCAAUCAUUGAUGCACGACCUUGAUGGCCAGGGCUGGAUGCGCGUUCAUCUUCUUCCUCUGUCAUUGGUUGGUUUCACUCUUGAGGAGACUUUUGAGGUUCCCUCCACAUUUGCCCAUGAGCUCCAUAUCCUCACCCCCAAACCUUCUCAUUACAUGUCAUCCUUGAUACGUCAUCUUCUGCAGCUCUCCAUUGGUGACAGUAACCGAACUGGAGUUGAAAAGGACCUUGGGGGGUUUAUUUCUGCUUACAUCCUCAAAGAUGGACCGGCUAAUACGCUUUUAUCCACCUAUCUUAAUGACCCGGAAAGCGACGAGGACUACCAGAAAAGAGUCGAAAAAGGGAUCCGAUUUAUGAAGACAUGGGACUGGGGUAAAGUUGAGGAAAGAUACCUAGCCAUGGCUGAAUCUGCGGUUAGAGAUAGCCACUACAUCGACAGGCUGACGGAUGUCCACAAUGAGAACUAG